AUGCCUAAAAAGGUCAGAGCAUACACACAACGCUGUCCAAUGACCAGCGAAAUUUUAAAAAUCAGAGCAGCGAGGACUUGGCAGCACAGAGGACGCAAGAAACUAAGCUGGAGGGGGAGGGGGGGCGGGGAGAGAAGGCAGCCUUCACCACAGCAAAUAAGACUUUGCAGACCGGGCUUAAGACAUCUCGAUAGGAAACGGUCAGAUGAUUCAGAGAAACCAAUUCUCCCGGGCCAGGCGCUGCCGCCGCCCGCCCUUCUCCAGCAGCACCGGGGUCCCUCCGCCGCCCGGCUGUGUAGCCGACGCCCGCCUUCCCCGCGAAGCCCUGGCAGCGCAUGCGCAGCCCCCUUCACCCCGCGCCCCGCGAGCAGCGCACGCGCGGCCGCCGCGGCUGCACCUGGGAGGGGGAAGCGCGUGCCGAGCAGAGGUAAAACCGACCUAUCGCGCUCCUCUGCCGCGGUGCACUGUGGGCGGGUGGAGCGCUGCGGUGGCUGCGAUUGGAGGAGCGAGAGAGCGAGGGGCGGGGACGGCCCCGCCCACGCCCUCGCCCACGCCCUCCCUCAGCGACGGCGGGUGGGCUCCGCGCAGGGAGGAUGGGCCGGAUGCCGUUACCGUGGCCCCGGGGGCGGCCGGGGCCGGCCCCCGCGCCUGCUGUGCCUGCCGCCCGGGUGCUUGGCGCUGCUCCUGCCGCCGCCCGGUGCCGCCGAGUUCAGCCCCUCCUUGGACAGCGACUUCACCUUCACGCUUCCUGCCGGCCGCAAGGAAUGCUUCUACCAGCCCAUGCGCAAGGAGGCCUCGCUGGAGCUCGAGUACCAGGUUCUAGAUGGAGCAGGAUUAGAUGUUGAUUUUCAUCUACUGUCUCCAAAUGGUGAAACUCUAGUUUUUGAUGAAAGAAAAUCAGAUGGAGUUCAUACGGUGGAAACAGAAGAUGGGGAUUACAUGUUCUGCUUUGACAACACAUUCAGUACCAUUUCUGAAAAGGUGAUUUUCUUUGAACUGAUCCUGGACAAUAUGGGAGAAGAUGGACAAGAUCAGGAAGACUGGAAGAAGUAUGUUACAGGCACAGAUCUCCUAGAUAUGAAAUUGGAAGACAUUCUGGAAUCUAUCAACAGUGUGAAAGCCAGAUUAAGCAAAAGCGUCCAGAUUCAGACCCUGCUCAGAGCAUUUGAGGCUCGUGACCGAAACAUACAAGAAAGCAACUUUGACAGAGUGAAUUUCUGGUCCAUGGUCAACUUGGGAGUAAUGGUGGUGGUAUCAGCUGUUCAGGUUUACAUGUUGAAAAGUCUCUUUGAAGAUAAGAGGAAAAGUAGAACUUAAUAUUCAGUAUGAUCAUAACAAUAUUAACAGGUAUGGGGGGGGAGAGGGGGAGCAAUAAACUCCUACAGGAAAGGAAAAAAAAAAAA